CAUGAAGUUUGACAUCCUGUCAUUGUCAAGCCAAUAAACGUUGUCCUUGUGGUUUUUAUAAUUGUUUAUAUGUAAUAGUGAAUAUAAAAUCUCGUUUACGAUUUUACUGCGAAUAAAACCUGAAUGACCAUUGACCUCUCGGAAUCAGUUAUGCAGAUAGUGUGACAGCUUUGAAAACUCAUAAAAUGGCUGAAGAUGGUCUUGACUUGAUUCGAGACGUGUUGGUUGAUGUGCAAUUAAGCCAAUUUUUGAUCCCCCUUAGAGACGAUCUUCAAAUUACGAGAUUAGAACAUUUUGAUUAUGUGACGCCAAGUGAUUUAGAGAAUAUUGGACUGAGCAAACCAGGCGCUAGACGAUUAUUAGAAGCUGUUAAGAAGAAAAAAGGACAACUCAAGAAGCGUAAUUUAAUCAAUAAGUUAAUUCCUGUAGCAAAUAAAACGUCCACCUUGAAGAAAAACGAUGAAAGUGUGACUUUGAAUGACUUCACGUCGUGUCUGAUUCAAGAAUCUCAGAUUUCUCUGUCGAUUAAAUUGGGUGAUGGGUCAUUCGGAGUGGUACGAAAGGGGGAAUGGAGCAGCCCCAAAGGCAGAAUUUUACCCGUCGCCGUUAAAAUUCUAAAAGCAGACGCUCUCAACCAGCCUGGGAUUUUUGAAGAUUUCAUUAAAGAAGUCCAAGCUAUGCACAUUUUAAGUCAUCCGAAUUUAAUCCGCUUGUAUGGCGUGGUGCUAUCACAACCCAUGAUGAUGGUCACUGAAUUAGCUUCCCUCGGGUCUUUGUUGGACUACCUCAGAAAACAGUGCCAACAAACACCUGUACCCAUGUUGUGCGAAUACGCCACACAAGUGGCCACUGGAAUGGCAUACUUAGAAAAUAAACGCUUUCUCCAUAGAGAUUUAGCUUGUAGAAACGUUCUUCUGGCAGCUGUAGAUAAGAUUAAAAUUGGUGAUUUUGGACUGAUGAGAGCUCUUCCACAAGAAGAAGAUUGUUAUGUUAUGACCGAGCACAAAAAAGUUCCUUUUCCGUGGUGUGCACCUGAAUCUUUGCGCUCACGACAGUUCAGCCACGCGUCUGACACGUGGAUGUUUGGGGUUACGGUGUGGGAGAUGUUCACGUUUGGGGAGGAUCCGUGGAUGGGUUUGAUCGGGUCGGAAAUUUUGCGCAAGAUUGAUAAGGAGGGGGAGAGGUUGCAGCAACCGGAAGCUUGUCCUCCAGCUGUGUACAGCACUUUGCUUCAGUGUUGGUUGAAAAAUCCGACUGAGAGACCGACGUUUGCGGCUUUGAAGGAGUUUUUCCGGAAGAAUAAAACUCCGGUGAUGAAGGCGCUCUCGGGGCAGGAUGAACCAAAUAAGUUGAAGAUUCAAGAGGGAGACGAAAUUGCCAUUAUUGAUGGGAGCGCCGAGUUGUAUUGGUGGAAGGGGCAGAAUCAGAGGACGUUCGAUAUUGGGUUUUUUGCACGGUGUUUAGUCGACCCCAUGCGCCCCAAACAGUCCGAAGACAUCAGCAAACCCUUGCAAAACUCCUUCAUCCACACGGGCCAUGGUUCCGCCUUUGGGGACUCAUGGGGUAGUCCUGCCUACAUAGACGAUAUGUACCUUAGGAACCCCAUGGAACCUCCAGACGUGCUAGGAAUCACCCGUGACGCAAAACCAUCUCCACAACUCUGUGAUAGGAAAAAGAACACAAACAGUCUGCACAAAAAACCCAGUGAUAAACAAUUUAAUUACCGUAAGUUAACGAACGAAGGCAGCUUUAAAGUGAAGCCUCAGAGGCCUCCACAGCCAAAAUUAGAAACGUCUCGUGAAGGGGUAUUGAUUGACUUGUCGCCAGAAGCCAUGGGUUCGUCGAAACAAAGCAACGUCAGCGCUGACUCACGAAGUGUGUCGAUAAUAGACGAACCCAUAGAUGUAAUGCAAGAGUUUGCGGAUUAUCAACCAACUAGUGCGCCGCCGCCCUACCAACAACCCCCGUCUUAUUAUAACACUCAGCUCCUUGAACAACCCUCAGACGAUCCGUUUGAUACUUCCAGAGUGUUCUCACCCGAACCUCGCAAAUCUUACACUCAGUUACCUAUGUACUCCCAGCCGAACGAAACAAAACAGAACGGAUAUAUUAAAAGUGAUAUUACUAACAGAAGCGUGAAUUAUAAAUCCACCGACGUGCAACUAGCCACCUCCAAAGGCGUCAGCGCCGCCCCCAAAGAAAUCGCCACUCCCGUCUCCAUCACCAACGACCUGUCUCUAAUGACUCUAAACGAAGUGCCAAACAACCAAGACACGAAGUUCGUCCAAGACCUCGAAAAAUACCUACUCACUAAAACCGAAAUCCCACCCCUGCAGCCACCCCCGCCGAACCUCAAAGCCGCGAAAAAAUCCGACACCGCCGCCCUACCACCCAAAGUCCAAAACGGAACCUACUCCAACCUGGAAGAAAUCUACACGAAAGGCUCCAAGUACGACACUACGAACGUUUUCAACCAGAUUUGGUACGAGAAUUUCUCCAAAGAGAACGGUAACGUCAAGCAGUGCAAGAACUUCGACGUUCCGGCUCAGUCUAGUCAGAAUUACUACCACCAUUACGACCCGGUGUCGGAUUUCGACCGCGCGUCGCUCUCGGGGGUGAAUUUCUACGAUAAUUGUCACACGGCCGCGGAUAAUUUGUAUAAUUCGUCGUACUUACUGCAACCCACGUCGUCGCAGAAUUCGUUCAGUUCGUGCAAUACUCAGACCGGCGUUUACGGGUCGUAUAAUUCGAUUAGACAGUAUAGCGAAGUGCCUGAUGCUGUUUACGCGGAGAUCGCCGAAACGCCGUACAGCCAAGUGCCGCAGGAGACGCUGAAGCCGCACAGACCGGCGCCGCCGUCGCCGAUGGUGCAGAGCAUGCAGCAGAUUCAGCGCAAGAUUCAGCAGGGGCAGUUAAGUGCCGACGCGGAACGCCUGAUGACGUCGGAAUAUCGCAAUAAUAAGAUAAGUCAAGUCCGAGAAUGUGUCCCUGACGUCAAUACCACCGAUUGUUUACAAGCUCUACAAACAUGUGGAUGGGAGGUGGCCGCCACCGUCAAGCACAUCAAAAUAGAUAAAUUACUAAAACUCGGUGUAGCCAGUCGCGACCAGUGUGAGGCAGCUUUACAACGCACAAAUUGGAACGUGGAGUUGGCGGCUUCGGCCAUUUUAGAUACCUGAAUGCGAAUAUUACAUAGUUAAAGAAAUUAUUUAACUCAUUGUGCCAAAGAUUCACCACUUGGAAACAAAUAUUCAUCGUUAUUGUAGCAACAUGACAUGACUGCUUGUGAUAUGUUAAUUUAGAUCAAUGCUUUAAGAUAUUUUAAAAGUUCUUGUUAAGGCUCGACUUAUUUAUUUGUUGAGAGCCUUAUUAUUGUGUUUGGUUGAGGUGUUCGUCAGUCGAAAAUUGUCUGAUAAACGCUUGAUUUGGCAGAUGUGUGCUUUCCCUUUAUUUCAAUUAAAUUAAGAGACGGCGAUCUGCUGACUUGUAGCUUACAAGUGGCUCAGUGUAGUGGUAGUUUACACUAUUUAUUUUAGGCGAUAAUGAACAAUCUUACUUAGUUGUUAUUGAACCAAUAAACGAAUAUAUUUUUGUAA